GUAAGUGUGGCAGAAGCCUGGCGCUUGCGCAGUACAAGCACCGUAAGCGGCGCCCCGCCCACAUACUACUACAACUUCCGGCAGGCUCCGCGCCCGCCUCAGGCGCGUCGCGGGUUGCUGACGUAAUGCAGUAGCGCGGGGAAUUUCGAGUGGUAUUGGAGCGCCAGAGGCUAGUGGGUGGCGGACCCCUAGCAUCUUCGGGAGAGACCAUGGACUCCCUGGCCGAGCCUCAGUGGCCUCCGGGCCUGGCAGUCAUGAAGACAAUAGAUGAUUUGCUGCGGUGUGGAAUUUGCUUCGAGUAUUUCAACAUUGCAAUGAUAAUACCUCAGUGUUCACAUAACUACUGCUCUCUCUGUAUAAGAAAAUUUCUGUCCUAUAAGACUCAGUGUCCAACUUGUUGUGUGACUGUCACAGAGCCGGAUCUGAAAAAUAACCGCAUAUUAGAUGAACUGGUAAAAAGCUUGAAUUUUGCACGGAAUCAUCUAUUGCAGCUUGCUUUAGAGUCACCACCCAAAUCUCCUGCUUCUUCCUCUUCAAAGAGUCUUGCUGUCAAAGUAUAUACUCCUGUCGCCUCCAGACAGUCUUUAAAGCAGGGGAGCAGGUUAAUGGAUAAUUUCUUGAUCAGAGAAAUGAGUGGUUCUACAUCAGAGUUGUUGAUAAAAGAAAAUAAAAGCAAAUUCACCCCUCAAAAAGAGGCAAGCCCUGCUGCAAAGACCAAAGAGACACGUUCUGUAGAAGAGAUGGCUCCAGAUCCCUCAGAGGUUAAGCGUCCUGAGACACCCUCGACAUCCACUUUGAAACACAUUACUAAAGUGGAUUGUCCUGUUUGUGGGGUUAAUAUUCCAGAAAGUCACAUUAAUACGCAUUUAGACAGCUGUUUAUCACGCGAAGAGAAGAAGGAAAGCCUCAGAAGUUCUGUUCACAAAAGGAAACCGCUGCCCAAAACUGUAUAUAAUUUGCUCUCUGAUCGUGAUUUAAAGAAAAAGCUAAAAGAGCAUGGAUUAUCUAUUCAAGGAAAUAAACAACAGCUCAUUAAAAGGCACCAAGAAUUUGUACACAUGUACAAUGCCCAGUGUGAUGCUUUGCAUCCUAAAUCAGCUGCUGAAAUAGUUCAAGAAAUCGAAAAUAUGGAGAAGACUAGGAUGCGUCUUGAAGCUAGUAAACUCAAUGAAAGUGUAAUGGUUUUUACAAAGGACCAAACAGAAAAGGAAAUAGAUGAAAUUCACAGUAAAUAUCGUAAGAAACAUAAAUGUGAAUUUCAGCUUCUGGUGGAUCAGGCUAGAAAAGGAUACAAGAAAAUUGUUGGAAUGUCACAAAAAACAGUAACAAUAACAAAAGAAGAUGAAUCUACAGAAAAGCUAUCUUCUGUAUGCAUGGGACAGGAAGAUAAUAUGACCUCAGUAAUAAACCACUUUUCUCAAUCAAAGCUGGUAACAAACCACUUUUCUCAAUCAAAGCUGGACUCCGCAGAGGAAUUGGAACCUGACAGAGAAGAGGAUUCUUCUAGCUGUACUGAUAUUCAAGAAGCUCUUUCUUCACCAGAAUCAGAUUCAUGCAAUAGUUCCAGUUCAGACAUCAUAAGAGAUCUUUUAGAAGAAGAGGAAGCCUGGGAAGCAUCACAUAAAAACGAUCUUCAAGACACAGAAAUAAGUCCAAGACAGAAUCGCCGCACAAGAGCUGCUGAAAGUGCUGAGAUUGAACCAAGAAACAAGCGUAAUAGGAAUUAGUGUGGGCUUUUGCUGACUUUUCAAAUGCAGUGAUUAGAAUAAGGUACUUUUGGUUGCCACAGACAGAUUUCCUGUUUAUAAAUGCCCAAGGAAAGAUGCUAAAUUCUAAAUAUUAUGGUUAGCUGAUGUUCAUUCUUUUCUGCUUUUCCAGAGGGGAAAAAUAUUACAAAGUAUCUGUACUUGGUCAGUUGCCUCCUUCCUCUAAAACAUCUCUAUCUAAAAAUGCUGACAUUUUACACAAGCACCAGCUUUGCAGAGUAGGCAGACUCUUUGGCACUUUGGCAGAGGGAUUUGGUUUGGUUUGGUAUGGUUUGGUUUGAUAUCUAAAUUUCAGAAUGUCCUUAGGCCAUUCUCCUUCUCUUCCCUGGAGAAUCCAACCUCACAAAAGGAUUCUUUCAACCUCUUUAUUACAAGAAACAGUUGAGUUAAAUGUUUAUGUUUUUGGAAAGGCAGGAUGUCAGUUCACAUCCUUGGUGUGUGUAAGUACCAAUGCAGGCCACCACCAUGCCUGUGGUACAGCAGCUCCAUGAUGGUUGUUGCCCGAGGUUAAUGUAGUUGUUUGUUAGACCUGUGUCUUACACAUUUCUCAGAGUAAGAUAUUAGUAUUAUAAUUUAAAGCCACAACAGUCAGAAAGUCACAAUAACUUAGAAACAUUGCACAUAUUCUUCUGAAAUAGCACUUAAAAAUGAUUAGUGUAUCUUUUCACUUGGGUCAAUCAAAUCUGUAACACUGAAUCCAAACUAUUAAACAAAAAAAAUAUGCAAUGAAUGAAUUUUGUAAAUGAAUAGAGUGUAUCAGUUUACAAUAAUGUUCUUAAAACAGGAUCCUCUGGAUAGCUGAGUAUGGGUUAGAAAUCAUUGAAAUGGAUUGGUCAGAAAUUGCUAUCUGCGUGUAAAAUGUCUACCAGUAGCCAGAUGCUUCCGGAGUUCAUAAUGCCUCUCUGGCAUUUCAGAGCCAGCAUUCCCCAACUCCCACCCCUCUGCCACCACCCAACCCAAACACAUCAUCUUUCAAAUGAGAUGACAGCAAAUGCAGCAAUGUUAAGACAAGAAAUUUGUAAUUUGCCAGGUUCAACAUUUAUGACCUCCCCAUUCCAAAGACUGUCUCUGUUGACCUUGGCUUUUUGAUGUGCUUUGGGGUUUCUGAUAAUGUGCAGAGUCUCAUUAUGGCUGAGAGUUUAGUGUUUUCACAGUGAAGUCCAGACAUUUGAUUUCUUUAUGAGUUCCUUGUGUUAGAAAUGACUAUAGAAAAAUUUGUCAUAAUAAUUUCAUUUGCUUGAAAUCCUUAAUGGUGCAUUAAGGAAACUAAAAGCACCACUUACCAAAUCCAUCAGCAGAACUGAUGUGAGGUAAGUGAGCAUGUCAAACAAAAUAGGGGCUCACAUGAAUAUAUUUAUGUCACUGAGUUGUCAGAAAUUAUGUCAAAAUGAAAACUGCUUGUUUCAUGACAAAUUACACAGUCUGUAAAUUAAACUGGAAGUAAUUACUACUUUAA